AUGAUUUCAUCAGAAAGAGAAUAUCUGAAUGUGAAAGGAUAAUAAUAUCAAGCUAUUCAUUCUAAACGUUACAAUUCCCCAGGUGAGGUUACACUAAGCAUAAGCUAAAUGCCUUCUCUUCCGUAACUCAAUUUGUAAGCUAAACAAAGCCUAUCUAAACCUCUCUCAAAAGAUUUCUCCUCUAUGAGUUCGAUCCAUCUAAAACCCUUGAUUUGCAAGAAUAAAUCUUGCAUUUACUUGGUUCGGAGUUUGGAAGAUAAGAUUCUGAAAUGCAUUUUAAGGAUAAAAGAAAUAGCCAAAGAAAAUAAUUUGUUAAGGAAGAGACUGCAAAUGGAUUAAGUUAUCGUCGAUUAACUCAUACCCUCAACACAUAGGUCUUAAAAGUCCAUGGAUUUCAAUCAACUUCCAGAUGACUAAUCUUAAGUUAUCAGAUCCAACAUUCCGAGUGUACAUGAAACAUACCAAUUUGCUAAGUUUCACAAUGAAAUUGUUACUACCAAACUUAAUAAAUAGAUCAAGGAUAUUUUCAACAAUUUAAAUUAUGCUAUGCAAUAGCCAAUUUUAGAUUUAAACUGGAUUAAGAACAAUCAACUAAGCAAUUCUUAAAUGCAAAUUCAUAAAUGCUUUAAAUGUUCGAAUAAUAGCAACAAACAAAUGAUUGAGUUAGAGUGCAAUCAUUUCUAUCACAAAACUUGCUUCUGUGAACAUGUUGUGUCUUCCUAAAACUAGAUUAGCCUUUGGUGUCUUUGUAAACAGAAAAUCAAUGAAUUCGAUAUGCUUCAAUUAGCCAAAACACAGAAUACAAUCAUUUAGGAAAUGAAGCAUAUUCAACAACUGUGUUUGUUGAUAAAAUCUCCAGAUAAACUCUCAUUUUAUAAAUGCGAACUAAAUAAUUGUGCCUUCAUCGUAGUAUCGAAAUAGGAAAAUACAUCAGUUAUCCAAUCUUAUUGCUAAUCUUGUUUGGAAUAUAGACAGUUCUAUAAAUAAGAACAAAAUCUUAAAUGA